UGCGGAGGGUUCCUGGUGGCAAAGAACUUCGUGCUGACGGCCGCUCACUGCAAUGGAGAUGAGAUAUCUGUCCAGCUGGGAGCCCAUAACAUUAAUGAACAGGAACAGAGCCAACAGAAAAUCUCUUUGCGCCACCGGAUCCCGCACCCGCAGUACAACAAGACAGCCUUCAACAAUGACAUCAUGCUGCUGCAGCUGGCAGAGAGAGCGAAGCUGAACAGAUGGGUGGAUACCAUCGCCCUGCCCAGUGCCAGCGAGAGAGUAAAGCCAGGGACCAUGUGCAGUGUCGCCGGCUGGGGAGGCACUAGCACAGAGAGUGAAUCAACCCCGGACACGCUCCGGGAGGUGGACGUGGUGGUGAUGCCGGAUGCUGCAUGUUCGAGGAAGCCUAAUGGGCAAUACAGCAAGUAUAAAUCGUCCACCAUGAUGUGUGUGGGGGAUCCAAAGACGGGGAAAGACUCUUGGAAGGGCGAUUCUGGGGGCCCCCUAGUGUGCGGAAAAACAGCCCAGGGCAUCGUCUCCUGGGGGCCAAAAACCCCUCCCGGGGUGUACACGAAAGUCUCGACCUUCAUCCUCUGGAUACGGGAGACGAUGAAGAGGCUGCAGCCCUGAGCCAAGCCAGGAAUAGCUGCAGGGGCCAGAGCUGCAUCGCUUUUGUCCUUUGCUGAUGCCCAGAUGUAGGGCCCACUUUGCAGAUUGGCUGAGCCUCCCCUCUCCACAGGAUAGCCCCCCCCACCCCCGCAUUGCUCCACUCAGGCAACGCCCAACCAAUGAGCAUCAAGGCCCUGGGCCUAGGGGAGUUAGGAACGAGGUUCGAGACCAGCUCCCAUCGGCUCCCUUGUCAACGCAGAUCCUCAGGCUGCCUCUUAGCUAGGGAAACAGCUGGUUUAUUUCCCCUGGGGUAACGGACAUGAGCCAAACCUUGAGGCAGACCCGGCGGUUUGUAGCUCUCCCCCAUGUCAGCUGAUCUAGUGAUCAUUUAUUGGGGAUCUUCAUUGUUACCUGACCUGCUAACUCCUGUGAAAACUGCAGCCUGCCCUGUCCUCACUGGGCCUAUCCCAUGGGGUAGUUCAUUGGGCUGCCACCGCCCGUUCCAAACACACCUGUUCCCAAUGACAGUGAGGCCAGUGGGAAGGGAACGCAGAGAAGGCUCCACUGAACUGAUUGCAGAUCAAUCCCCGGCGCUGAUCGCCUCCUUCCCACCUCCCCUGCCCCACCCUGUCACGCGGCCUGCUGCAUUUCGCUCACUGCUCCAUUGCCAGCAAUGAAUAAAAAUGAAGUUACAA